AACCAAGUCCUCAGACACAAACAUCAACAAAUAUAUCAUAAUAUCAGCGAAAAAAGACAGUAAUUUGAAUCGCUGGACGGUUAGAUCUUGUUCCUAAUCGUGCACUCAGUAACGUGUGUAAAUGACUAACAUUGUGAUAUCUACUUGAAGUGCAUUAAACGUUCGUUAUCGGCAAUGAUUCAUGUAUUGCUUCGAUUGUUUUAUAAAAGGCUAUGGCAGAGCUCGGUUCCUUUGUGUUUUUUGAUCUUGAAACAACAGGAUUGCCUGGAAUAAAAUUUCCAAAAAUUACGGAAAUUUCAUUAAUUGCUUGUUCGAGAAACCAUCUUCUUAGUUGUCAUGAGAGUAAGCAAGAGUUGCCCCGGGUGCUCCAUAAGCAAACCAUAUGCGUGAAUCCUAGACGAAUUAUAGACGUGAAAGCAUCGGAAACGACAGGUCUUUACAAUGACUUGCUAGAGCAUGAAGCAGAGUUCGAUGAUAAAGCAGUUCAACUCAUCGGUCUGUUUCUUGAACGUUUGCAACGUCCCGCUUGUCUGGUCGCACAUAAUGGAAACCGGUUUGAUUUUGUCAUACUAAAGAAGGAAUUAGAAGCACUACACUUCAAGCUACCGGAGGAUGUAUAUUGUGUCGACUCUCUAGUUUUAUUCAAGCACUUGGAGACAGAAAAAGAGCAAAAUAAAAAUGUAGCCGUGCAACAUAAAAAAGUAGCCGAAGAAAAUGAACUUGCCGACCUGGAAUUUUCAGCUAUUACUGCCAUGCAAGAAUUGGAUAGCUCUCAAGAUGCACUAGCUAAAAUGCAAAAGCUCAAUGAAAUGACUCCGCAGAAGAGUAAAAUCCAAGUCAAUUUUAAGCAAGCUUUGCGCUCGUAUCUUGAUGUUACUCCAUCGCAGGAAGCAGAAAGCAGCGGCACAGGGACCAAGCGCACCAGCCCGCCUCAUUCGAGGCGACAACUUUUCACGAAUGGCGAAGGAGAACCUAACCCUAAAAACCUUGGUAAAUCUGUUCGAAAGAAAUUCCGCCUUUGUGAUGUGUACGAGCGGGUAUUUAAAGAGCCACCGAAACAGUCGCACUACGCGGAGAGUGAUGUUGAAGCGUUGCUUAAAUGUGCAAUUGCGGAAGGACAAGCGUUUGUGGCGUAUGCUGAGAAGCACUGUGUAAAGUUUGUCGAUUUUAAAGGGAAAUUUUGAUUGCAUGCUUAUUUGAGUUUAUGUGGUUGUUUUCAAUUUUGGUGUCAUUUUUUCUAAUAGUGAAUAUUGAAGUAUUUUUUAUCAAGCAUUCAUGAUAUACACCGGUGGACUUUACAAAUAAAUAUUUUAUUACAA